UUAAUUGUCCCAGCUGCUUGAAGACGGAAAUAUCUGCCCAGUUGGCUGCCUCUGGACCUCAACAGCCCUGGGCUCAGGCACGUGGGAAACUGCCUCCAUCAUCACUGAGAAGAUGCUACAGGGGAACAAACGGUCAAGGCUGCCAAGCACUGUGUCUUCCCCCAUGUAACCAACUGUAACCAAUUUGCAGCUCCAUGGUUGGAAGGAAGACCUGCCGAUCAAGCCGGAGGAUGGCGUGUGCUCCUUGGCAUUGCCCUCUGACCAGCAACUGGACAGGAAAAACAAGGAGACGCAGGACUCCGAAGUGCUCAAGAAUGCCCGGGUACAGGAGCAGGUCCGCAUGAGGAUGCUGCAGAAGAGCCACUCGGCCCCCAGGACUAAUGGAGCUGUUCUUGACUAUGAGCUGAAAGGUGGAAGUAUCUCCAAUGGCCAAUACAAUACACUGCAACCGAGCUUCAGCUCCAGAUCCCAAACAAAUGGCACAGAUCACAAAGGCUCCCUGUAUCAGACAAAGAAAGGUUACAAUACCAUGAAGACUACUAACUGGUCCUCCCGCUCAGCUGUGGACCUCAGGCCCAAUAAGAGGAUGGCCUCCAUCAGCAAUGGUGUUGGGUCCAAGGGCCUGAAUUAUGGCAUGAAUUACACCCUGUCUCAAGGUGCCAACUCUACUUCACGCCCUGGCUCUUUUCACGAACGAAGCUAUCGGGCCCGUCAGAACUGUGACACGAUGUCUCUACGCUCUCUGCGCUUGGCAGAUGGGCCAGGUAGUCCUGGGGGCAUAGCUGAUCGCUACAGCAUCAUGUCUGAGCAGCUGGAUCCAUUGGCACAAGCAUCUCUCUACAAAAACAGAGGAAGUGGCAACUUCACCAAAUCCUACACCUUUGAAAGGCAGAUGAGUGCUGGCUCUAAUGCUGGCAUGAACGGGCCUAUCAACUGGAUGGAUGGUGUGGAUGGUCCCCAAAACAGGACUGUCAUUCGUGCACCAGCCAUGCGCACCUUGCAGCGUUUCCAAAGCAACAACCGCUCCCGCAUCAGCGGAAUCCAGUCUUCCCAAGGAGGUGCUGGCAACUCUUACGCAGGUGUGAUAGAACGGAGUUCCCGUGCUCCUUCUGUGCGUAGCUUGGCUGAUUCCAACCAUCAUUUGCAAGACCUGCGUGCUAUUGAUAUGUAUGAUGGUCACAACUCACUCGUGACCCAACAGUCCUUUUCUGGCGGGUUUGACGACAUUGACCUUCCCUCUGCAGUGAAGUACCUGAUGGCUGGUGACCCCAACCUGCAAGUGCUGGGAGCUGCUUAUAUCCAGCACAAGUGCUAUAGUGACAAUGAUGCCAAGAAACAGGCUCGCAGCCUGCAAGCUGUGUCCAAGCUGGUGAAGCUUUUCAACAACUCCAACCAAGAGGUGCAGCGCCAUGCCACUGGUGCUAUGCGCAAUCUUAUCUAUGACAAUGCUGAAAAUAAGCUGGCGCUGGUGGAGGAAAAUGGCAUUUAUGAGCUGAUGCGCACUUUGCGUGAGCAAGAUGAUGAGCUACGCAAGAAUGUUACAGGCAUCCUCUGGAAUCUGUCCUCCAGCGAUACCCUUAAGGACCGCCUGGCCCGAGACACCUUGGAGCAACUCACAGAUCUGAUCUUGAUUCCUCUCUCUGGCUCAGGCACCGCUGCAGUUAUCCAGCAGAAUGCCUCUGAGGCAGAAAUUUUCUACAAUUCUACCGGCUUCCUCAGAAAUCUCAGCUCUGCCAGCCAGCAAACUCGGCAGAAGAUGCGUGAGUGCCAUGGGCUGGUGGACUCCAUGGUCAAUUACAUUAACAGCUCACUGGAAGUGGGAAAGUCUGAGGACAAAAGUGUAGAAAAUGCCGUCUGUGUACUGCGCAAUCUGUCCUACCGCCUGUAUGAUGAAAUGCCUCCUUCCUCACUCCAGCGACUGGAAGGCCAAAGGAGGAAUGAUGGGGCAUCCAUGACAAGUGAGCUGGUGGGCUGCUUCAGCCCGCAGAGUAAAAAGGCCCGAGAGCUCUACUUGAAUUCAGAUAUUGUGACCUUCACAGAGGUGUCUAAGGAUCCCAAGGGGAUGGAGUGGCUCUGGAACCCCCAGAUUAUAGGUGUCUAUAACAGGCUGCUGCAGAGAUGUGAGUUAAACAAGCACACCACAGAGGCAGCCUCUGGGGCGCUUCAGAACAUUACAGCUGGAGACCGGAGGUGGGCUGGUGUUCUCAGCAGAGUGGCAUUGGAACAAGAGAGGAUCCUGAACCCAGUACUGGAUAGAGUCCGCACAGCUGACCAUCACCAGCUUCGUUCACUGACAGGGCUGAUUCGCAACCUGUCCCGGAAUGCACGCAACAAGGAUGAGAUGUCAACUAAGGUGGUGAGCCAUCUAAUUGAGAAGCUCCCAGGGAGCCUGAGUGACAAGUGGCCCCCAACAGAUGUCGUCGUCAAUAUUAUUGCAGUGCUAAACAACUUGGUUGUGGAAAGCCCCAUUGCUGCACGUGAUAUUGUCUACUUUGAUGGCCUGCGUAAACUUUUCUUCAUCAAAAAGAAAAGGGACAGCUCUGAAAGUGAGAAAUCAUCCAGAGCAGCUUCCAGCCUCCUGACCAACAUGUGGCAGUAUAGCAAGCUUCAUCGGGACUAUAAGACGAAGGGCUACCGAAAAGAGGAUUUUAUUGGCCUGUAAAGAAAAGGGCUUCUGAGGUUUGCAGAAAAUGGACUUUUUGGCCCUCUCCAUGAAAAUGUUUUUAAGUGCCAUUGUAAAUGGCCUUGGUUCUGCUUCAUAAAGCUCCUUCCUUGCAACUCCCAACUCUUUCAUUCAUCUCAAACCAACUCGCCUGACCUGCCUUAUUUUUACAUUCAUUAUUGUUUCUUCUUUGUGCCUGUUAGAAGUUCAUCUUCCUUUGCUGGCCACCUGAUUUCAUCAGAACAUCUAUUAACUGUAAAGCCAGGAGUCAGCCACAAGGCAAAUUCUCAGGACUCUUCCAGUCAACAUGGAACUCUUCAUCCCCAUCACAUACUAGGUGGGCUUGGAUCCCUUGUGGCUUUCUGGAAUUCAUGGACACUAAUAGGAUAGCAAGACUUCCAGACUUGCAAAGGAUACUGAUGGAAUUCUUCAGAGGGAAUUCUUCAGAGAGGCCUUGUACCAUUCAGGGACAUAUCAUCUGCUUUCAUUAAUUUCACUCUCUGGAGCCCCACUAAAACUUUGCCCACCCUGCCUAUGACCCCCCCAAAAGGAGUUGCUUGCUUUCUUUUUUAAAAGAGUUCUUAUUUCAGAGUAUGAAUAGAUUUUAUAGCAGAUAUAUACACAAUAGGGUACGAAGGGAAGACCAUUUGUUUCUAGUGGUAUUGGACUCACAAUGGACUUUUGAGGGUUAAAUGUAAUUUUUGAAAUUGCGCUAAAAGAAUAUAUUGGGGUGGAGUUUGGUGAUGGAUACUUUUAUUUUAAUUUCAUUUAAUUCAUAUGGUCAGGAUGCUAGAGGGGCAUGAGAGAAUUUUCUGACUGGUAUACAUACUAUAACUGUGUCUGUUCAUUCUAUAAAGUAAGAUGAGGGAGGAAUUGACAUGGCACACUGGUCUAAGAGGAGAGCUCCAUCUCUGCAGUACCCGUUGGCUGACCUCAUUGUGGUUUAUGCAGAAUUUUGCUUUAUCUCUGUGCUGUCAAGAUGGUCUGCAUGGAUGCAAAAUGCCUGGGACUUACCUGCUUAAUUAGCAGAUUAAGGCCAUAGGGUAUUACAGCAUGCAUGAAGCAGUAGGCUACACUCCAAAAGCUGGCUGUAACAUCACACAAGAUGGUCACCUGCUAGGAGGAAGGAUGGAAGGAAGGUCUUGGAGAGGUAAUCAGAGCUCUUCCAUUGCUAGUCACCUGUUCGGGGAAUUCAUAUACAACAGAGGAGAACUGCGUGUGCAUUCUGGCAACUAAAUGUGGGGUAUUGCAUGUUACGUGAAUGAGACGACAUGCAAAGGGAGUGAUCAUACCAGUGGAGGAUUGUCCUGCAAUUUGCUAGAAAUUAAUCAAGCAAUGUAAAUAGAGUACUAACACAGAGAGAGACUGACAGUGCCUUCCUAAGCAUAGUUAUACCUUUCUAAGACCAUUGAUUUAAAUAGACUGGGAAGGGUGAAGCUGUGCUUAGGAUUGCACUAUGAAUCAGUGGUUGCCUAAAGCAGAGUUAGCAGAGUCCUCUUUAACUAGCACCCCAUCAGACUCAUUUAUGUUUUCUUGGUCACAGUGCAUUAAACAGAGAGCAAGAUCAUACAAGGACCAAAAUGAUCUUUAACACCUGCAGCAAGGUAGCUUUUCCAGCAUGUGCCAGUAUUUUACACAGGUUACUUCAUAUAGUCCAGUGAUAGAGAUGUGUUAGAAAUGUCAUACGCCAAGCAAAAGAGCUUGCCAGUCUCCUGCAAACAAGUCCUCAGUUACCUGGGUAUUGUUGACUGUUGCAAAGAACCUGUGGAGGCAAGGCACAUUUUGAGUCCCCAGUAUAAUGUUUAUAGCCAUCUGUACUCAUAAAUAUGCCAGUGAGGAAGUGGAGGACUGCAAUAUCUAACUUCCACCCCACUGCUGGACAUCUACGCUGUGGAGAGCUUCAGCCCCAUCGAUGGAUUGGUUUUCUUGACUAGCUGAAAGAGCCAGUAAUAAGCUGUCUCUUACUGGAGUAUUGUACUCUUAACUGUGCUGUUCUUCUUAUGAACCAGCAGCAGCUCACAGUAUCUGCCCACAUGUAGAGAUGAACAACAUGACUUUAAUUAUUUUUGCCAGGUCAAGACAGGCUUUUGCAAUGAUGGGGGAUGGUGAAACUACUAUUUCCUUUCCUUAGAGUUCCUGAUACAAUUGUUACAGUUUUACUCUAGCAUGGCUAUGAAGCCAAACUUAAGUCACAACAAUGGUACAUUUCGCACUCGGUUUUUAGAGCGCGUUUGUACCUGUUCCACAUCCCAUGUUUGCAAGUUUUUCACACUUAAAAGCAGUCAUGGGAUGCAGUCUCGCUUUUUGUCCGCUGUAUCCCCGAUUUUCCCCCCUGCGGACAUACCCCAAUGUUUUUUUAAGUUCGCUGCUGACUGGCAGCUGGCCUGCAUUUUGCUAAUGUGAACACUUUUGCCUCCUUUUUGC